GGCGUUUCUGCGCAGGCGCUUGCCGCCUAAAUUCACCCAGGAACUGUCGAAGUUCCCUUUUCGCUUUCAGACAUGGGCACACCACAGAAGGAUGUUAUUAUCAAGUCAGAUGCACCUGACACCCUGUUAUUGGAGAAGCAUGCAGAUUAUAUUGCAUCUUAUGGCUCAAAGAAAGAUGAUUAUGAAUACUGUAUGUCUGAGUAUUUGAGAAUGAGUGGCAUCUACUGGGGUCUGACUGUAAUGGAUCUCAUGGGACAACUACAUCGCAUGAAUAGAGAAGAAAUUCUAACAUUCAUUAAGUCAUGCCAACACGAGUGUGGCGGAAUAAGUGCUAGUAUUGGACAUGAUCCUCACCUUUUGUACACUCUGAGUGCUGUCCAGAUUCUUACUCUCUAUGAUAGUAUUAAUGUUAUUGACAUAAAUAAAGUUGUGGAAUAUGUUCAGAGUCUACAGAAAGAAGAUGGUUCGUUUGCUGGAGAUAUAUGGGGAGAAAUUGAUACAAGAUUUUCUUUCUGUGCGGUGGCAACUUUGGCUUUAUUGGGGAAGCUGGAAGCUAUUAAUGUGGAAAAGGCGAUUGAAUUUGUUUUAUCAUGUAUGAACUUUGAUGGUGGAUUUGGUUGUAGGCCAGGUUCUGAGUCCCAUGCUGGACAGAUCUAUUGUUGCACAGGAUUUCUGGCUAUUACUAAUCAGUUACAUCAAGUAAAUUCCGAUUUGCUCGGUUGGUGGCUUUGUGAACGACAGUUACCUUCAGGUGGACUGAAUGGAAGGCCAGAGAAGUUACCAGAUGUGUGCUAUUCAUGGUGGGUGUUGGCUUCCCUAAAGAUAAUUGGAAGGCUUCAUUGGAUUGAUAGAGAGAAACUGCGUAGCUUCAUCUUAGCAUGUCAAGAUGAAGAAACUGGAGGAUUUGCAGACAGGCCAGGAGAUAUGGCAAAUCCUUUUCAUACUUUAUUUGGAAUUGCUGGAUUGUCACUUUUGGGAGAAGAACAAAUUAAACCUGUCAGCCCAGUUUUUUGCAUGCCUGAAGAAGUACUUCGGAGAGUGAAUGUUCAACCUGAACUAGUGAGCUAGAUUUAUUGAUGUAAAAGUUGCUUGGUAUAAUUUUGUCAUCCUAACAUUUCUGUAUUCAAAAUGCUUAUCAAACUUAAAGUGACUUCUAUGUUAAUAUUUUAUAUAUGAUUGUGUUGAUUUUAAUAAAUUGUAUAAUUAUACAUAUUGUAAAAUAAAGGUCUAUCUUGUUUAUGCUUCAAU